UUUUUCUAUCGCCUGUUGCUGCUGGAACGAGUGGGUAUUAGAAUAAAUUAUGAUGACAAGAAGAACGCAAAAUUCGCUGAUGAUUAAACCCAAACGCGUUUUUCAAACUCGUUCAAUCAUUUCAUUCAUCAUCUUCAUCUUCUCCAUAAUUGACUUAUCGAACAAGAUUACACCUCCCUGAGCCUUUUAUGCAAAUGUAGUGCUUUUAAGCAAUCUCUCGAUUUCCCUCGCUUAUUUUCCGACAAAACCAAACCAAUUUAUUCUUCUUGUCUUUUCUUUUCAAUCCCAGAUCGAUCUCUUUGCUUUCAGACUAUUUCCGCUGUCUGGAUUCGGUUCAUUGCAUCGUUCUCUGUUCUGGGUUCGUUUAAAAUUUCGAUUUUCCCAUUUGAAAAUUUUGAUUUUUUUUCUUGGGGCAGAUUGAUUGUUGUUGUGGAAGACUCAUUCUUUGCAUCGACCCGAGUAGGGUUUUUGCUUGUUCCAUCUGUGUUCGGAGUUUAAAAUCAUUGCCUGAUCCGGAGUGAUCAAUCUUAUUGUCGUUGGAGAAGAGAACCAAGUCUUAGAUUAUAAAGAGAGAUUUGACUUUCACUUUUAGUGUCUAUGAUCAUUAGGAAUAUGAUCAGAUCAGGUCAAUUUGUGUUCUUUUGAUCAGAUCUUGAUGUGGAAAGCUUGAUGCUGUUGAUUAUAAGUAGAGAGAUAUUUUGAUGGGUAAUGCUUGCGUUGGACCAAACAUUUCUGGAAAUGGUUUCUUGCAAACUGUUACGGCUGCAAUGUGGCGGCCACGGAUCGGAGUUGAGCAAGCUUCUUCUUCUUCUUCCCAUAAUGGACAAGUUGCUAAAGAAACAGCUUCAGAACCAGCAGCUGAUCAGGUCCAGAAUAAACCCCCUGAGCCGAUCACAAUGCCAAACCCAAGGACCAAUCCCGAAACCAAACCGAAACCCGAUCUAGAGAUCCAACCUGAGCAGAAAGUUCUUCCUGAAGAAAUCAAGCCGAAAGUUCUUCCUGAAGAAAGUAAGCAGGAAGUUCUUCCUGAAGAGAGCAAGCGGGAAGUUGUUGUGCAGCCGGAGACAGCAAAACCAGAAACAAAGUCUGAAUCCAAGCAAGAGACAACAAAACCAGAAACAACGUCUGAAACCAAGCCGGAGACGAAACCUGAACCUCAGAAGCCUAAACAUAUGAGGAGAGUGUCCAGUGCAGGGCUUAGAACUGAGUCAGUGUUGCAGAGGAAAACUGAAAACUUUAAAGAGUUCUAUUCAUUGGGAAGGAAACUUGGACAAGGCCAAUUUGGGACGACGUUUUUAUGCCUUGAGAAAGGUACGGGGAACGAGUAUGCGUGCAAGUCGAUUUCCAAGAGGAAGCUUUUGACGGAUGAGGACGUUGAAGAUGUGAGAAGGGAGAUUCAGAUAAUGCAUCACUUGGCUGGUCAUCCAAAUGUUAUAUCUAUUAAAGGCGCUUAUGAGGAUGUUGUUGCGGUACACCUUGUGAUGGAGUUGUGUUCGGGUGGCGAGCUUUUUGAUAGAAUUAUUCAACGUGGACAUUACACUGAGAGGAAAGCUGCUGAGCUUGCGAGAACCAUUGUUGGGGUUUUAGAGGCUUGUCACUCUCUUGGUGUUAUGCAUCGAGACCUCAAGCCCGAGAAUUUUCUAUUUGUUAGUAAAGAGGAAGAUUCCCUCUUGAAAACGAUCGACUUUGGACUCUCAAUGUUCUUUAAGCCAGAUGAGGUUUUUACAGAUGUUGUUGGUAGUCCGUAUUAUGUAGCUCCAGAAGUUCUUAGAAAGCGUUAUGGUCCUGAAUCAGAUGUGUGGAGUGCUGGUGUGAUUGUUUACAUUUUGUUAAGCGGAGUUCCUCCUUUCUGGGCCGAAACCGAACAAGGUAUUUUCGAGCAGGUCCUUCAUGGAGAUCUUGACUUUUCAUCUGAUCCAUGGCCAAGCAUCUCUGAAAGCGCAAAAGACUUGGUGAGGAAAAUGCUUGUUCGGGACCCCAAGCGAAGACUAACCGCACAUCAAGUAUUAUGUCAUCCAUGGGUACAGAUUGACGGUGUGGCUCCAGAUAAACCUCUGGACUCUGCUGUUCUGAGCCGUAUGAAGCAAUUUUCUGCAAUGAACAAGUUCAAGAAAAUGGCUCUUAGAGUCAUAGCUGAGAGCUUAUCCGAAGAAGAAAUAGCCGGUUUAAAAGAAAUGUUCAAGAUGAUUGACGCAGACAACAGUGGUCAGAUAACUUUUGAAGAACUGAAAGCAGGACUAAAACGAGUUGGUGCCAAUCUCAAAGAGUCAGAAAUUCUUGAUCUAAUGCAAGCUGCUGAUGUAGACAAUAGCGGAACGAUAGAUUACAAAGAGUUCAUAGCCGCCACAUUGCAUUUAAACAAAAUAGAGAGAGAGGACCACUUGUUCGCGGCCUUCUCCUACUUUGACAAGGACGAGAGCGGCUUUAUCACCCCAGAUGAGCUUCAACAAGCUUGCGAGGAGUUUGGUGUUGAAGAUGCCCGCAUAGAAGAAAUGAUGCGCGAUGUUGAUCAAGACAAGGAUGGGCGAAUAGACUACAACGAGUUUGUGGCAAUGAUGCAGAAAGGGAGCAUAAUGGGAGGACCUGUGAAAAUGGGUUUAGAGAAUAGCAUUAGCAUUUCUCUGAAACAUUAGUUUUCAGAUUACAAACCCAAAACCAACAAGAGCUUCGUCUACUUUAUUUUUUUAAGAAUGAUGAUCAUGAUUGUGUUUUCCUCAACAUUUUGAUGAGAUUUUUUGUCGUUAGACUGGUUUAGGUAAAUCUGUUUCUGUACUAUGUACUUUUAUGCAUAUACACAUAGUUUUUGUCUGUAACUUUUGGUCAUAAAAGUUAUCUUUUAAAGUACAGUCAGGUACACAGAGAA